AUGCCGUCGCAUCGCUAUCGCGUGUUUCUGCGUGCGGGAAUAUCGGAGGAGCAUAAAGAGGAUGUUCUGCGAAGCUUCUUCGAGAAGUUCGGGACCGUGAUCGACGUGUACGUGCCGCGCGAUCCGUUCACCGGCACGUUGAAAGGCAUCGCGUUCAUCUCGUUCGAAGAAGAGCACGCCGUCAAAGCCGCGGUGGAAAACGACUCUUACGAGAUCUGCGGCGUGACCAUCCCCAUAACCAAAGCCGAACCUCGAGGACCGGAGCAGCCAUCCCGCCGCCUAGCCUACAACGACGACCGACCCUCCCACCGAGCCUCCGGCUACCCCCCGUCCUCCCUCGCCAUGGCAGCCGCAGCAGCACCCCGAGCCUCUCUAGGUUCGGCAGGCUUGGAUUACUACUCCGUGACUCCUUUAGUCACGUCUGGCGGCUAUGGUGCCGGACUAGGUUCGGGCUAUGGGGGAGGGUAUAUACUGUCGAAUGCUAUGGAGGGGUAUGGGAGGAGCGGAGGAGGGGGAGGCGGAGGCGGAGGGGGAGGCGGAGGGUUUGAGGACGAGUUUCGGAUUUUUGUUGGGGGAGUGGCGGAGGAGAUUAGCGAGCAAGACGUGAAAGAGCAUUUUGAACAAGCCUCCGCCUCGCCAAAUGGCUUCAGCUACGCGCCUCUCUCUAACUCUUUCGCUGCACUCUCCCCACCCUCCCGCUCUCCCCCACUCCGUUCCCCCCGCGUGUUUGCUCCCCCUCCUCACAGGUACGGCACGGUGGAGGACGUAUAUUUCCCCAAGGACAGAGCCUCCGGCUCUCGCCGCGGCUUCUGCUACGUGCGCUUCAACUCGUUUGCAGCGGCGGACAGCGCGUGCGCGCGCAGCCAGCGCAUGAUCAAGGGCUCGCCCCUCCACGAGAUCCGCAUGGCGCAGCCCCGCCCUUCCCUGCUCGCUGGGGGAAGGGGAGGGGAUGGGCGGAGAGGAGGGGGAGGCGGAGGGGGAGGAGGAGGUGGUGGGGGGGGUUAUGGGGGCAUGCUGCUGUCUUUUUGCAGUGGACUGGGUUGCAGCGUGCAGCUUGCCUAG